GGUGCUCGCGAAAGCUCGCUGUCUCUGGGAGGCGCGCGCCGGCGGUCCUCGGCCGCUCCGGGUACCUGAGGGACGCGCGGCCGCCCCCGGCCGGCGGCGCAGCCCCCACCCCUUGGAGCCAGGCGCCGGGGUCUGAGAUAUUUCAGUCGAAGGAAGAAAUAGCUCUUCUCCUAAGAUGGAAUCUGUGGUUUGGGAAUGUGGUUGAUCAACUUGAGAUGUUGGCCAAAUGUGCCCCAUGUAAUAAAAUGAAAAGAAGAGACAAGAUGAUGUCAUUUUCCCAUAUUGUGAAACCAAAAACAAACGCCUUUUGUGAGACCAAGCUAACAAACCUCUGACGGUACGAAGAGUAUUUAACUGUUUGAAGAACUUAACAGUAAGAUAUAGAAGAAGUACCUUCGAGCUGAGACCUGCAGGUGUAUAAAUAUCUAAAAUACAUAUUGAGUAGGCCUGAUCAUCCGAAUCUCAUUCAGACCCAAGAAGGAUGGCUGUGACUUGGAUUGUCUUCUCUUUUUGGCCCUUGACUGUGUUCAUGGGGCAUAUAGGUGGGCACAGUUUGUUUUCUUGUGAACCUAUUACCUUGAGGAUGUGCCAAGAUUUGCCUUAUAAUACUACCUUCAUGCCUAAUCUUCUAAAUCAUUAUGACCAACAGACAGCAGCUUUAGCAAUGGAGCCAUUCCACCCUAUGGUGAAUCUGGAUUGUUCUCGAGAUUUCCGGCCUUUUCUUUGUGCACUCUAUGCUCCUAUUUGUAUGGAAUAUGGACGUGUCACACUUCCCUGUCGUAGGCUGUGUCAGCGGGCUUACAGUGAGUGUUCGAAGCUCAUGGAGAUGUUUGGUGUUCCUUGGCCUGAAGAUAUGGAAUGCAGUAGGUUCCCAGAUUGUGAUGAGCCGUAUCCUCGACUCGUGGAUCUGAAUUUAGCUGGAGAACCAACUGAAGGAGCUCCAGUGGCAGUGCAGAGAGACUAUGGUUUUUGGUGUCCCCGAGAGUUAAAAAUUGAUCCUGAUCUGGGUUAUUCUUUUCUGCACGUGCGUGAUUGUUCACCUCCUUGUCCAAAUAUGUACUUCAGGAGAGAAGAACUGUCAUUUGCUCGCUAUUUCAUCGGAUUGAUUUCAAUCAUUUGCCUCUCAGCCACGUUGUUUACUUUUUUAACUUUUUUGAUUGAUGUCACAAGAUUCCGUUACCCUGAAAGGCCUAUUAUAUUUUAUGCAGUCUGCUACAUGAUGGUAUCCUUAAUUUUCUUCAUUGGAUUUUUGCUUGAGGAUCGAGUAGCCUGCAAUGCAUCCAUCCCUGCACAAUAUAAGGCUUCCACAGUGACACAAGGAUCUCAUAAUAAAGCCUGUACCAUGCUUUUUAUGAUACUCUAUUUUUUUACUAUGGCUGGCAGUGUAUGGUGGGUAAUUCUUACCAUCACAUGGUUUUUAGCAGCUGUGCCGAAGUGGGGUAGUGAAGCUAUUGAGAAGAAAGCAUUGCUGUUUCACGCCAGUGCAUGGGGCAUCCCCGGAACUCUAACCAUCAUCCUUUUAGCGAUGAAUAAAAUUGAAGGUGACAAUAUUAGUGGCGUGUGUUUUGUUGGCCUCUACGAUGUUGAUGCAUUGAGAUAUUUUGUUCUUGCUCCCCUCUGCCUGUAUGUGGUAGUUGGGGUUUCUCUCCUCUUAGCUGGCAUUAUAUCCCUAAACAGAGUUCGAAUUGAGAUUCCAUUAGAAAAGGAGAACCAAGAUAAAUUAGUGAAGUUCAUGAUCCGGAUUGGUGUUUUCAGCAUUCUUUAUCUCGUACCACUCUUGGUUGUAAUUGGAUGCUACUUUUAUGAGCAAGCUUACCGUGGCAUCUGGGAAACAACGUGGAUACAAGAACGCUGCAGAGAAUAUCACAUUCCAUGCCCGUAUCAGGUUACUCAAAUGAGUCGUCCAGACUUGAUUCUCUUUCUGAUGAAAUACCUGAUGGCUCUCAUAGUUGGCAUUCCCUCUGUAUUUUGGGUUGGAAGCAAAAAGACAUGCUUUGAAUGGGCCAGUUUUUUUCAUGGUCGUAGGAAAAAAGAGAUAGUGAAUGAGAGCCGACAGGUACUCCAGGAACCUGAUUUUGCUCAAUCUCUCCUGAGGGAUCCAAAUACUCCUAUCAUAAGAAAGUCAAGGGGAACUUCCACUCAAGGAACAUCCACCCAUGCUUCUUCAACUCAGCUGGCUAUGGUGGAUGAUCAAAGAAGCAAAGCGGGAAGCAUCCACAGCAAAGUGAGCAGCUACCACGGCAGCCUCCACAGAUCACGUGAUGGCAGGUACACGCCCUGCAGUUACAGAGGAAUGGAGGAGAGACUACCUCACGGCAGCAUGUCACGACUAACAGAUCACUCCAGGCAUAGUAGUUCUCAUCGGCUCAAUGAACAGUCACGACAUAGCAGCAUCAGAGAUCUCAGUAAUAAUCCCAUGACUCACAUCACACAUGGCACCAGCAUGAAUCGGGUUAUUGAAGAAGACGGAACCAGUGCUUAAUUUGUCUUGUCUAAGGUAGAAACCUUGUACUGUUUAUAAAGCAGAUUUUAUUCUUUGCCUUUUGCAUGACUGAUUGCUGUAACUCACUGUUAACAUGCUUUCAGUCAAGUACAGAUUGUGUCCACUGAAAAGGUAAAUGUUUGCUUUUUAUAUUGCAUCAAACUUGGAACAUCAAGGCAUCCAAAACACUAAGAAUUCUAUCAUCACAAAAAUAAUUCAUCUUUCUAGGUUAUGAAGAGAUAAUUAUUUGUCUGGUAAGCAUUUUUAUAAACCCACUCAUUUUAUAUUUAGAAAAAUCCUGAAUGUGUGGUGACUGCUUUGUAGUGAACUUUGAUAUACUAUAAACUAGUUGUGAGAUAACAUUCUGGUAGCUCAGUUAAUAAAACAAUUUCAGAAUUAAAGAAAUUUUCUAUGCAAGGUUUACUUCUCAGAUGAAUAGUAGGACUUUGUAGUUUUAUUUCCACUAAGUGAAAAAAGAACUGUGUUUUUAAACUGUAGGAGAAUUUAAUAAAUCAGCAAGGGUGUUUUAGCUAAUAGAGUAAAAGUGCAACAGAAGAAUUUGAUUAGUCUAUAAAAGGUUCUCUUACAAUUCUGUCGAAAUAAUCUUCAUCCAGAGAUAUUCAGGGUUUGGAUUAGCAGUGGAAUAAAGAGAUGGGCAUUCUUUCCCCUAUAAUUGUGCUGUUUUUAUAACUUUUGUAAAUAUUACUUUUACUGGCCGUGUUUUUAUAACUUAUCCAUAUGCACGAUGGAAAAAUUUUAAUUUGUAGCCAUCUUUUCCCAUGUAAUAGUAUUGAUUCAUAGAGAACUUAACGUUCAAAAUUUGCUUUGUGGAGGCAUGUAAUAAGAUAAACAUCAUACAUUAUAAGGUAACCACAAUUACAAAAUGGCAAAACAUUUUCUCUGUAUUCAUAGUUGUAUUUUUCUACAGUGAGAUGUGAUCUUGCCAAAGCCACCAGACCUUGGCUUCCAGGCCCUCCUAUAGUGAGUUGAUUGUCUGCACUUGCCUUGCCCAAUAUCCAGUAGGCUACAGCUUUUGCCCCACACCCUUAUUUUCAGAUUCUGGAUCAUUCUUGUUUACAGCUGAAAUAUAUAUAACCUCAGUCCAAAGUGGUGAUUGAUUUGAGUAUUUGAAAAUCGUUGUAGCUAAAUGAAGCAUGAUUAGUAGUCUUACUAUGAAUAUCAUUUAAUCUUAAAAAAAUCAAGUAAAAAUGUUUAUCUGGUAAUGUUUAAAUAAUUUACAAUAUGAACUGUAAACCUUAUUAGGCAUGAAAUCAAUCAGAAGAGAAAGAAAAAUGCUGGAACAUGCUUGAUGUAUUAUGUAAAAAGCAUAUUUAAACAAGCGUCCUCAACCCUGACUGCAGAUAAGAAUCACUUGGGUUACUUCAGAUGCCUAACACCUUCCUCUCGUACAAAUAAGAAUUGGUAGCUUUCUUAAAAAAA